AGAAAUCCCGCUUCUCACAAAAUGGUGACUCCAUCAAUGGGAAGUCAAUCUGAUGGGCACAAUGCAUCACUGCGGUCUGUCCUCGUGGCCUCCCAUAUAAGCUCGCUAUCCGUGCUACCCCGCCUCGCGCAUCUGCCCUCCAUGUCUUCGCCCUCCGACUCGCGCAUCAUCCUCCAAGCCAACAUCGAGGCUGAGACUGUGGACUUCGACGCUCUGCUCGAAGCAUGGCACGAGAUCUCAGAGGUCUCGGUUGAAGCCGUCGUCGCGCGCUGCUCAGAUCCCUUUGAUUUCGCUUCACAGCAGUGUCUUUACUUCGCGGUCGUGCAGCGGGAGGACCCUGUAAGCAACAGCGGAGAUGACGGUGAUGAGCAAAGGCGCAGCGAUAGCAGCGGUGCAGCGCCCAUGGCAACUGAUGAACCGUUCAUCGACGAUGAUGACUCCGAUACGUGGGUUCCGAGCUCACCGCCGAGGUUCAGCCUGCCCAUCUCAAAUGACACCACCGCACCACCUCCGGUUCCCCCGGAGUCCCCCGAACCUCCUUCUCUAACUACCAUCGGCCUCGUCUAUCUCGCGACGACGAACAUGCAGAACGAAGUGAGCGUGGGCAUCUCUCUGCUCCCGCAAUGGCGUGGGAUGGGCCUGGCCGCACAGACACUCGCACAAGUCAUCGAGAUCGCCUUCGACCGCUUCGCCUGCCACCGCCUGCAGGCGGCGCUCAUCGACGGGCCCUCGCGCGAUGCCGCACGUGCCAUCUUUGUCAAGCUCGGCCUCGCGCACGAGGGCACGCGCCGGCGGGCGAUCAUGAGCCCCGCGCUGAACGGCUGGCGCGACGUGACGUACAUGGGUAUGCUCGACACCGAGUGGGCCCUGCGCAAGGGCAAGGUGGUCAAGCCGCCGAGCGCGUGGGACGAGAUGAUUGCGCGGCACCAGGGCGAGUGCGAGGAGCUGCUGGUGGCGGAUGAGCGGCUGCGGCGGUUGCGCAGGACGGCUAGCAUGGAGACCGUCAGGGAAGCGGGAUAUGACCCCUCGGCGUCCCUUGUUUUUACAGAUGACGAGCGGAGCAGUGUCUCCUCCGCUAGCUCGUCCAUUGAUCCCACAGAAAGCAUUAGUUCUUCACCACCGCCAUCAACGGUAUACUUGUGGGGCGAGUUUGAGCUUUCGCUUCCUGGUUCUCCGAUGCCAGUGGAGAACCAGAGAAACACGGAGCCCACCUUCCGCAGUACUACUCGUGGUGCAAUUUCAGGCGAAGGGUAUACGUCUGACUCAGGGUCGGAGUGGGAUCUGCUUUAGUGAGUACAUGUGACACUCCCCGUCUCGAGGCUGCGCUGAGAGGAGCUCGAGGCUCACUUGCUCGCGAUUCGCGCCGUCAGACUUGGGUGUCUCUAUAAAGUUCUGUCAUCAAGAUCUUGGGUUGCAUGUGCGUGUACGAGCGUGUAAAUGAAAACUCACAGA